GACUCCGGUAUUAUCGUAAACGCAUACGCCGAUAAUAACGCUCGCACAAACUCUAUCGUGUCAUCGCCGCCGCAGUCGUUUCUCACGUCCUCGUUAAAUGUUACCGUCGCCGCGCCGCCGCAAAGUUGUUGUUUUCAUCGCGUACGAAUAAAAAUAUAUCAUUUAAUUAUAUUUUUGUAUUAUUCUCGAUUUCGCGUACCACUAUUAUGUGUUGUGCACCUUCUCAUCGAGUGUUAGUCAAUUCGUGUGUUAUAUUAUUUAUUAUAUUACAUACAUUUAAUAGUAAAUAGAUUAAAACGCCGCCUCGUCUCGCCGUUGUUGUUGUUAUUGUUUUGUUGUGUUCGCGGUGCGUUUCGUUACGGUGGGCGCGUAUGGUAAACGGAAGCCGCUGUUAGGCAUAUCACCCUGUACUAUAUACCCUUCGACGGCCCUAUUAUUGAUUUUCGUCUGAGCGUGAGUGUGUUUGUAUACGGUGCACCACCGUGCAACGGAAAGCAUAGGAUAAUAUUAUGUUUUUGUUGUCGUCCGCAUGACUGUGGAGGAGGAGGUGAAGGAAGCGGCCGUGAUAAGAAGCGGCGGACGGAGGAACCACUGUCGUUGUACAUAAUAAUAAUAAUAUUAAUAAUUUUUUUUUAUUCUAAUAUGUGUUUUUGGUGGAUCGAUAAAAACAAAUUUUGCCGGGGGGUAUCUCCGCCACGGCCGCACGCCCACUGCCGUCGCCGCCGUCGUCGACCACGACGAAAAUUAUAUAUAUAGUAAAUAUAAUGUACGCAACCGGAACUAAUGGGCCUCGGGAAAAGACAGUGUAAACAAACGAAAGACGCGAAAUAUUAAUACUAUAGAGGAAAUCGAUUCCGCGGGCGGCGUGCUGUACACGGCGGCGGUGGUAGUAAACAAACGAAGCAAAAAAAUACAAUAUACCGAAUGGAAAAAAUUUUCCGCCAGGAAACUGAAACGAACGAACGUGCGCACCGCCGCCGCCGCCGCCGUCGUUUUUCGGUCGCGGCUCCAACAACACACCCGUCCGUCGCCGUUGGCCCUCGAAAAAGUAUUUUUUUUAUUUGUGCGCUAGCUGUAGUUUUUUUAACAUUUUUUUCCACGUACCGACCGCAGUCAUAUCGACGGCAGCGAACGCAAUUCACAUUGGAAUCGAGACGACAGAAUAAUAUUUACAUUCCCUGUGUUUUGAUGAUUACACGUCCGAUAUCAGGUUGAUUGAAUUCUACCUCGGAACUAUGUAAAAUACAAAAAGGUUCUCAUGCAAGAUAAUUUAUUCUAUAAGAAGCAGUGUGCUGAACUGAUCGACUACCAGAGGCGUUUGAUACUUACAGAGUACUAUAAAUUUACUGGUCUCCACACAAAAGAGUGGUUAUCCCAAGAUUCAGAAGAAAUUCCUGGUUUGUUUCCACAUCACCUUGAUCCUGGUGCUAUAACGAUACGGACAACCCCUAGCACUGGGUCUGGUAAUAAACGUAUGCGAAAUUCGUCCAAUAGGUCGCCCGAUGAAGCACGAUGGGUUUGUCCAACCUGUGGAAAACGUUAUAAAUAUAGUCGAGGAUUGGCAAUGCACAGACGGCUGGAAUGCGGGAAAGAACCCAUGUUUCAUUGUCCAUUUUGUCCCCAAAAAUGUCACCAAAAAGGAAACAUGGUUAUACACAUAAAAAAAAAACACCCGACCCAAUAUGAAGAACAAUCACAGGCAGUUGUACAAGCUCACGUCAAAGCACAACAAAGUCAAAGUGAUUAAUACAUAAUAAAGUUUUUCCUUCAGUAUUUUUGUAUGCCCUAUUUUCUAAUAUGGGCACGCGCUACUACUUAAUUAGAUUUUUUAAAUUGAUUUUAUAUUUGUAUUUAUAUAUAUUUAGACAUUUUAUUCAAGGUCAUAUCCUAUAUAACACCAUAUUCAUUUUUUUUUUUUUUGUUACAAGCAGAAAGUUUUAACACGUUUUCUUUUAGUUAUUGAGUGUUGUUAUCUCAACAGAUAAAUGAAAACUGAAUCAAUAACUAUUAAGUUAAAACGAGUCUGUAAGUUAUAGUUUUGUUAAUGAGUAUAUGUACUUAUUAGACAAACUUUAACAGAUUGAUCUACCUCUAAUGAUAUGACCAUGAUAUGCACACUUCCUUUGUCCCUCAAUUAGGCUUCAACCGUUACCUAUUUGAUACUUAGCCGUAACUUAAAUUUAUAUUUAAUAACCGAUUGCAAUAUUUGUGCAAUGCAUAUUAUUUUUUUACUCAUAAACAUUUUUUUUAAGCAUUUUUUGCUUGUAUAUAUGCAAUAAUUAUAUUGUUAAUUUUUUUUAUUAUUAUAUUAUUUACACUAUCAUUAACUUUAUUGAUUUGUAUUUUAAGUUUUUUUUUUUAGAAAAGUAUUAAAACGAAUUUAUAGUAUUAGUAGACCAAAAACACUGAAACGAGUCUUCCAAGUGAUAAUUUUUAAGUUGAUAGAACAAGCUGAAGUAUAUGUUUUUAAAUUGUAAUCUCGUUCCCGUCCCAUUUCCCAAAAAAUAUUAGUUAAUGUUUGACACAAUAUUUUUACUUGAAACGUUUACUUAAAUCACCGUUAUGUACCAUAUUAAUUUUAAUUUUGUGUAAUUGUUGAUGUAUUUGUUUCUACUUAAAAGAAAAGAGAAUAAUAUUUAUUUAUAACAGUAUUAAGAUGACAAAUUAUAUUUAUUAUUUUUUGUAUUAUAUUAACAACCCAAAGUAUUAUGGAUUAGUUAUUAAUGGUAUUUUAUUUAUUUGAAAAAAAAGAAUGUAUUAUGAAAUUUUUUUAAGUAAAAUCAUUUGUUGGGUUCUUUUAGUUAGCCUGAAACAGAUAAUAUUAUUUUGGUGGUUUCUUAAGUUUUCUUA